AUGUCUGAUAGCGAGUCAUAUUCCGAGCGCGAGCCCAACGCUUUCGACGAGGAGUCAUCGGACGGUCUCUUUGACUCCGACGGUGAAGCGGCAGGGCCUGAUGUCGAGGGCGGGAGUGAUACCGACGUCGAGAUACUCGGCGAAGGGCCCAGCUCUAUCCCAACGCACGGAAUCGGAAAGGGGCUGAUGACCGCUCCCAUUCCGUUGUCCAUCGUCUACAGUGACGGCCGCCACGUGGGCCUCGGUAUGCCUGGGGAGGCGAGCGGCAGCCGUCGGUCGGAGACCUCCACUUCCGGCCGUGGAGAGUCGGUAGCCAAUCCGCCAUCUGGGCCCAGGGUAUCGGUUGUGUAUCCAAGCAACCCUAGGGUGCCCAUGGGGGUGCCGAAGGAGAACCUGUUCGGCGUAGACUAUCUUGGGCCGAACAAGAUUACCGAUCGGGAGAUUGCCAAGCUCCGAGCAGAGUAUCGUAUUCCCGACUCGGUUCGGAUAAGGAUCCCGGGCCCUACCGAAUCCCUUAGCGCGCCGAAGGACGGCGAAGUAGUUUUCUUUACCGACGUCCUCGUGCAAGGCGUUCGGUUGCCGUUGCAGCCGGCGGUGCAGAGGAUUCUAGCCCAGAUCGGCUAUGCCCCGGGGCAAUUCAACCCCAACUUUUGGGUGGCUCUCAUGGGAGUCAUAACCGCCUUCGGUAUGGCUGGCGAAGGGAGCCCUUCCUACGAGCAGUUCUCCCACCUCUACAGUGUCACAAAGUCCAAAUGUGCCGAUCACGGUGGAUGGGUGCAGGCGAACUGCCUCAGGGCUACCGAUCGAGGCCACUUCGUCAGUUGGGUACCGACUUCACAGAAGUCGUGGAGGAAUCGGCGGGUGCUCCUCUCGGGCGAUUGGGAGUCGCCUUCGGGACAGCCUGUUCGAUUCCGCAUUCCCACAACUUUCCAAAUGGCCGGUAAGCUGAAGCAGCCGAUCGCAACACAGGCCGAGAUUCAGCAGGUGGAGAGGGUGAGGAGGAAAGUCCCUGCCGAGGAGAGAGUGUAUCCGCAGUUCCUCUUCACCGCCAAUCUCAUCCGAGCCCAACUGAUCGAUCCUGCCGAGAGUAAGUACACUUCGUAA